UCAUCCAGGUGCGGGGAAAGGCGGUGUGACGGAGUACGGUGGCCGCGAAGGGACGUUGCAAACAUGGCGGGGGCCAUCGCUGCGGUGGCCCACAGAGCCUGCAGCGCCGGAGUCCUUAGAGCCGCGUGGAGAGGCUGCACCUCGAUUCCAGGGUAUGGAAUCAAUUGCCAGUAUGCUACCUUGGCCCGUGCUUUACAGAAACAUUGCUAUGUUUCUGCAGGUCGUGAUGUAAUGGUUCAGCAGAGCAGACAAAGCAGCUUUUUCAACAAAUUGACAGCUGAUGAACUCUGGAAAGGAGUUUUGGCAGAAACCGGUGCGGGUGGAAGGAAAGGAAGAGGAAAGAGGACCAAGAAAAAGCUCAAGAAGGAUCUCAAUAGGGGCCAGAUCAUUGGCGAAGGACAUUCUGGUUUCCUUUGGCCUGGCCUCAAUGCUCCAGUGAUGAAAAUGGGAACUGUCCAGAAAAUUGCUCAGCGAGACAAAGAAGAGCAAGAGACGCUGGUGGCCAAAAGAAUCCAGCAGCGGGAAGAGUGGGACAAGAAAAGAAAAAUGAGAACGAAGAGGGAGAGGGGAUGGAGCGGAGCCUCCUGGGGUGGUGUCAGCCUAGGGCCCCCCGAUCCAGGCCCCAAUGGAGAAACAUAUGAGGAUUUCGACUCCAGAGUGAUUGAGUUGAAAAAUGUGUUCAACAUGACCGCAAAGGAAGGAAGAAAAAAGUCUGUUAGUGCCCUGGUGGUGGUGGGGAAUGGAAAAGGGGCUGCUGGUUUCGCACUGGGGAAAGCAUACGACAGAAUGGUGGCGUUAAGAAAAGCAAAGAACAGAGCUAUUCACUAUUUGCACUAUAUUGAAAGAUAUGAAGAUCACACAAUUUAUCAUGAUAUUGCAACCAAUUUUAAGAAAACAACUAUCCGGAUGAAGAAGCAAAACAGGGGAUAUGGUCUUCACUGUCACCGAGCUAUCAUUACCAUCUGCAAACUGAUUGGGAUUAAAGACAUGUACGCCAAGCGUUAUGGAUCCAGGAAUUUACUGAAUCUCACUAAAGCACUCUUCAAGGGAUUAUCAAAGCAGGAAACUCACCAAGACCUAGCAAAUAAGAAAGGGCUCUACGUUGUAGAAUUUCGCGAGGAAUGUGGCCUCCUGCCCAUCAUAGCUGCAAAACCCCAGGGGGAGCUCAGAGAAGACCCUGAGCCAGCGGAUGAAGUUCCUGAUGUCCCACUGGAGUGGAAUGAAGUGAAGGCAGCACAAGGAAUGAAGAAGAGUGACUGGACAAAUGUCAAAAGAACAAUUUGGUAGUCCGGCUCAAUAUUAAGAUGUACAGUACUAAGGGAGAUCCAGCAUAAUCACAUGAUACCGAAAUAUUUGGGAAGAUAAGUGAAGGUGGUGAAGAUCCAACUGGGUUCUCAUGAUGAUUGCAGCCAUUGUAACUUUAGGGGCUCAAAACAACUUGGCCAUCUGUCUUCAGCUGACAAUUCUGUUUUGAAUGCAAGUGUCUGAUGUUGCGGCAGGCUGUGAAGUGGAAAUUGAUCUGUUUCGUAAUUCCAUCCCCUCUGUUGCUGUUGGGGAAAAGGAGUCCGUAAUCAGCAUUUUUCCCUCCACGAAUAACUUUGGGAACCUUUCAGUCAACAUGACAGAAAUAAAGUUAUAACCAAAUGUUA